CCAAGAGCUAGCCAAAGUCCUGCCUCCCCCUUUCCCUCCGCUCUUCUCCCCCUCCCCCCCUCUUCUGACUCAACCACCAUCACAACCCGCACUAACCCACCCGUAGACAUCAGCCCGCAUAUUCUCCACAACCUACAACCCGCAAAACCUACGCACAGGCAAUCGCGUACUACGCGAGCGUCUGAGGGGCCCGACCCUGCUGGACUACUACCUCCCCGGCCGACGCUUCGGCAUCCCGGACCUGCGACGACACUUCCCCAUGCUGAGCUUCGUGGACGAGGAGGAGCGGCAGCGACUGCAGGACGUCCAGAGCAAGAAGGCUCGCGGCAAGGGCGCGCCGAAGAAGAAGAGGGAGGGCAACGAUAAGAAGAAGAAGAAGGCUAAGGUCGUAGGGGGGGGUGGUGAGGGGUACGUUCGGGCCAAGCUUUAGAUUUUUGGGAAGGCGAGAUUUGGCGGAGAGGGGAGAAGGAGAGGUUGUAUUAUAUCACGGGGCUUUUUUUUUAAAUAUAGAGAGAAUUGUAUGAUACGAUGUUUUGCUCGUCGUAUACAAU